CUGUCAGCUGGGUUCGGUGACGUCACUCGUGUGAGCUUUUCUCUUCGGUCGCACUUUGCUGAUGUCAGCAGUCAGUAACGGCUUCUAUUUCCAUGGUAAAAACCAAUGUGUGUUUUGUGGGAAGACGGAACAAAGGCUUUUACAGAAGGAAUUGCAAGCAAGAUUAGUGAUUUUCUGGAUUUUUAGAUGGCAGAUUCAAGGAUGCUUGCGUCACCAACCUCGCAUUCCGCUGAGAAUGUCGGUGACAAGAAGCAUUACAACAAAGCCCUCAAGGAGUUGCUGGGAAUAAUACAGAGUUCUAAAUGGAUCGAUUAUGAAUAUGAUUUCAGUCAGACGGAUAUAGCAGACCAGAGUGAUGACGACGUUUGUCCUAUUCAGGAUUAUAAUACACAUCUGUACACAGAGACAGAUGUAACAUUGCCUUCUCAUCUGGUAGCCAACACUUGUAUUGAGCCAUCUCUGGAUACUAACAGCCCUCUUGCUAAUAAACUGAAUCUGAGGAGACCACGCAACAGUUCCUUAAAGGUCCCAAGUAUUGUAUCUUCGGAGGUUCGUGAUAUUUAUGAAGAGUUGUCAGAAAUCUACCAGAAAUUGCAGAAAGAAAGGAUGUCGCAGCAUGAGUAUUCACUUCAGUUGAAAAAACGGGAGCAGAGUUUACGAGACAGGGAAGACAUGUUAUUCAAGCAUCAAGCUACUCUCAGCAAAAUUAAAAGCGUUGAAGAGAUUGUUCAUGACAAAUUUGGGAUAAUGAAACAGCAGCAUGAUGCAGAGGUAAAACGCCUGUCGGAAGCUCUUAAAGACAAGGUUAAAGAAAACAAAAGGCUAAAAUCCUCUUUUGACACCUUGAAGGAAAUGAACGACGCAUUAAAAAAACAGCUGAAUGAAGUAAGUGAGCAAAACAAGACAUUGGAAAUUCAAGCUAGAAAAGUGCAGUCGCGCCUGGAAAAUUUGCAAAAAAAGCAAGCGUUUCUUACCGUGCAGAGAUGCAAAGAUGUUGCUCAGGUCAUACGUGACCCAAAAUUUUAUAAGAUCGAAAAAGCUCCUGUUCCAAAAAAAGCUAAGGUUCUUUCCAAUAUGCAAGUAUACAAACUCUUAACCUACCUUAUGGACUGGAUGUAUGCAUCGGAAGAAAGUAGAAGCGGAGACAAGCCAUUAUGCACAGACAAAUUGCCCGUAAACUGUGUGCAGGAAAAGUGUGCCAAGGCCCUGCCUAUUAUUAUGGAGCAGUUUGAAUGGAUGCCAUAUGUCAAUGCCAAGAUGCAUUUAUCAUUCAUGAGGUUUACAUAUUGGACUGUGGUUCAGCUUGAUUCCGCGACACAGUCCACCAUGACCUCAACUCUAAGGCGAAUUGGCGAUGAAACCUAUAAAGGAGUUUUGUGUAAUUCCACAGAAGAUGACAGCAUGGAACGCAACCCGAAAUCUGUAGCUUUUUUUAAAAGUAAUAAUUUACCGCUCCGAUUUAUUUCAACACUGGUUGUUCUCAAAACUGUAACACAAGUGGACUACCUAGCCCAGGCCUUGGAUUCCCUUUGCAUGGACCUGAAAUGUGAUGAGGGAAGAAUAUUGUUCUUGGAGUAUCAGGCUGUGCCAAUGGUUGUACAUCUUCUACAUCUCACCAAUAGAGGACUUAUUUCCAGCGUCCUUGAUAUUUUACUUCAACUUUCAAUGGAGACCAGAUUUUUGCAGCCAUUCCUGGAGUCAUGUAGCACGGAAUCAUUUUUUAGGACCUGUGCUGUUUUACUUAAGGAUUCUAAAGUUGAUGUGCAAAUACUUGAAAAACUAAGUAUUGUUCUACAAAAGCUUUCCAAAGUUAGGAGUAAUAAAAAGUUUUUUGACACCUUUAACAUCCCUCAAGUGAUCCAAGAAAUGCAGAGGACAGCCAACCCAGACCACGCCUUUCUUGUUAUAAACCUGAACUCUAUUCUUUUUCACUUGGGUUUUUCUAAGCCCAAAAUACUUUCACCUAGCGUCGGCACUAACCAGGACUAAUGCUACAAUAUAACCCUAUUUUUCUUGUGUUUACAAUGUGGCAUGGAUGUGCAAUCUAAGUGAUGUGAGUUACUGUAUGCUUGUCAUUGUGGCUUAUUUAUUAUAAAAAAAAAAAAAUAACACUAAAAAGUUUGCGCAAAGGUGAGGGUGUAUAACAAACAGAUCCCAUGUAUGAUAUUUCCAGUGCAUGUUAGAUACACCUGAUUGGUUGCUAUAACUAAAAGCUAAACUCUCUCUUGUGUUUUAGAAUUCCCCACAUGGGGCUAUGUUACAGACGUUGUAUGGAUGGAGUUUGUUCUGUUUCCCAUGGGAAUUCUGUUAACUUUUCUUUUUUACUUUAUAGUGUUUUAUAGUGCAGUAUUUCAGUGGCCGGUGUAAUGGUUAUUUGGAGGGCUUCAAACAUAUUUGAAAAAAAAAUCUGUUCAGUUAAUUUUAUUUAGGUUAAAGCUAUAAGAUUUCUAAAGAAAACAAUACUUUCCUGUGAUUGUCUUUUCAGCAAAUUUCAAAAAACACGCCAAUCUUAAAACUUUUAAUCAAUAACAUAAUAUAUUGGCAUUAAGGUACCUAUGGACAGCUAAACAUGGCCAGAACUGCCAAGUAUGUCAUCAGUAAUUCAUCAUAAUGUAAUACCACUCUGGGGUCUGACUUCAUAUGCUUUCACAAGGGCAGUUUACAUUUCUGAGGCAUUCUGUUUACAUGCAUAGGACAGUAUAAUAAAACAAUAAGACUGCUUUUAAAGCUGAACUUCGGCCGAUAUAAAAAUCAGCCAAUUAGUUCAGUUAUGUAUUCAUUUAAAUUUUAAAUGUUUAAAUAGCUGAAUUUUUCUUUGUAAUUCCAUGUACAGUAGCACUCACACUGUGAGAUGAAGGGGCAAGCACUAGGAGCUGAUCAGGUGUGCCAACAGCACAUUCUGUUAAAGGAACAUACUGGCAGGAGAAGAGGGCAGAUAGUGAACUCAUCACUGUUGCUCCUUCACUGUCCAUUUACUUGGUGAGAGUAGGUAGCUGUACUGCGUGACUACAGUAGAGAAAAGUCACAUUAUCAGACUGGCUGCUGAGCUGACUGCAAAGCUGUGUAAAUCUCAGAAUUGGCUUAUCAAAAUUACACAUUUAAUGGCAAAUACACAGCUCUCAUAUAUGUAUGUAUGCUGACUGUUUAGCUUUUUGCCUAGUAGUAAGCUUAAAAAAAAACAAAAAAACAAUGUUGUAGUUUAGACAUACCUAAGCCGGCCAUAGAUCGAAAAUCUGCCAGUCAUGCCAGGAAAUUCAAUCCAUGUAUGGGCAGGGAGGUUGUACAGAAGUUGAUCUACUGAUAAAAUUCUGUACAACCACCCUGUCGAUUUUUUUCCUCGCUAAAUCAGUGCUGCAGGCCUGCAACACUGAUCAGUGUAUUCUGAUGGCGGGAAAGUCUCCCUGCUGUCAGUAUACAAUAGCUCAGAAGAUGUGCAACGGGGAAAACAAAACCGUUUUUUCAUUCAACCCACUGAUUGAACAAAGAAAACAUUGUAUAAUUCAAGGAAUUCCUUAGUUUUAUUGCCCCUAUUGUGCCUUUUUUGGCCCUCAGUAUCCCAUUAAUUUUAAAGCAUUGUUGAAUCAGCUGAUAAGGAUACCCUACAUGUUUUUUUUAAUGUUAACUGCUUACAUUCCCUCAGCGCCUUUAGGAAACUGUCGCACAACACCGCCGGCCUAAAAAAGCUGCAGCUGGGUAAUUCCCCCCACCCCCUGAAGCCACAUGUGGGUAAUUCCCCCACCCCCUGAAGCCACAUGUGGGUAAUUCCCCCACCCCCUGAAGCCACAUGUGGGUAAUUCCCCCACCCCCUGAAGCCACAUGUGGGUAAUUCCCCCUACCCCCUGAAGCCACAUGUAACAAAAAAAUGAGGAUGCUGGUUACAUCAUUGACCUAUUAUGUCCAUUUGGUCAAUGGCAUUGUCCAUAUCCUAGUUCAUCACUACUCAGCAUCUUAUGCAUCAGUUUACUAUGUUUACUAAACUGUGCCGGUUCUCCUACACAUCUGUCCUAGAAAUAUUUUAAAACGACCCCCAAUAUUUCAGAGUUGUGUUUUACAUUAUGGGUAGUUUAUUUUUAUUUAAUAACAGAAGUGAUAGAUCUAAAGAGUUUAUAUUGUUGAAAACAUUCAUGAGUAAACAAGCCUCUUAAAUGGCUUGAGUCAUUUAAAUGCCUGCCUUCCUAUGGUACACCAAUUGGUCAUGUUCAUCCAGAGACAUAAAAUAUGUUGCUCAUUUCCAGAAAUCUGACCCUGUCUCUCCUAAAUUUGGGCCAUUAUGUUGGUUGAAGCUGAGCUCUAGAAGUUGGAGAUGUUGGGUGGUGACUUCAUGAUCUCCACCUCAUUCAUUCGGUAAACACUUUGUGUUCAUUGGGGAAAAAAAAUGCAAGGCACCUUCCCUAAAUGUUGCCCAUCCAGCAGGGCAGUCACGCAGCAUGGCACCAGAAGACUGCAAAAAUCACUGUUGUAACCACAUCUACUACGGUGAUUUUUUGCUUCCACAGGCAUCCAACGGGUAUGGAAUAUGUAUUAUAUUUUCCAUACAAUGCAAACUGUACCUGGAGUUCAGCUUUAAUGAAGCUAACUGGAAACUCUUUCUGAAAAUGUGCACUGCAUUAUCAGACUGUUUAUGUAUAUUUAAUAGAGGGUUAUCAAAGAAGAGGCUUCAAUAAGAUUGCUGGAGCUCUGCUGGGAGAGCUUGUGCACUUCAUUUAUUGGUCAACAGAUGCCAUUUAGCUGGUUUGUAUAUUGAACCACAGACCGUUGAA